GGUGCACUGACAGGAUACAGUGCGCCGUUUUUUCCGCUCCCCUGCAGGUCAGAGGACAAGCUGUAUAGUAGGAUGCUGGCUUUAAGGUUAUUGAGGGCUGCUGUGCUGAGCAGGCCGGUGUCAUCAUCAUGGUGCAGCCCUGUCACUUUGUACAGUACAGGGACAACCAGCCCAGUACCUCCAGACAGCAGCCAGAGUUCACAAUAUACAGAUAACGAUAGGCCAGAGGAAAUGGAAAAUCCUUUCAAAGAUCCUCCCAAAAAGUGCAUCUUAUGUGAUGUGCCAGUAGACUAUAAGAACGUGCAGCUGCUGUCCCAGUUUGUGUCGCCGCACACCGGUCGUAUUUAUGGAAGACAUAUAACGGGGUUGUGUGGUAGAAAACAAAAAGCUGUUGCAAAAGCCAUUAAAAGAGCACAUAUUAUGGGUUUUAUGCCCAUCACAUACAAGGACCCAGCAUUUCUCAAAGACCCUAAGAUUUGCAAUAUCUGAAACUCCAAGUUUGUGUUUUGUUAAUAAAAUGAUUUGCCAUAGGCUUC